AAUUCUAAAGGAAGUAGCGGCUCGCGAACUCAACGGGCUGAUCUGAUUGAGUGAUUGUGUUUCAUUCCAGGUUCGUGAACCAACAAUAUCUCUGGCUCUUUUUUUCUUUCUUUGUCCCCUACAGUCAUGUCCUCCGAAUCCAAAUCUCAAACCCCCUCCUCUGCAAUCAUACCACCACAGCCAGGGGAAUGUGAAAACUCAUCGAAGGCCAUGAGCAAGAAGGCAGACCAAAAAGAAGCCUCCCCCGCACGCAAGGCUAAGCAACAGAAGGUGAUAAUACCAAACAAAGACGGUGAAAAUCUCGUGGGGUUAUUGCAUGAAACUGGGUCGAAAGAGAUUGUGAUAUUGUGCCAUGGUUUCCUAUGCACAAAGGAGAACAACACCAUAAAGAAGCUAGCUCUUGCUUUGGAAAAUGAUGGGAUAAGUGCCUUUCGCUUCGAUUUUGCUGGUAAUGGAAAGAGCCAAGGAUCUUUACGCUAUGGUAGGUAUUUGGGAGAGGUUGAAGAUUUACGUGCUGUGAUUGAAUACAUUGGUGGAGUAGCAAAUCGAGCUGUGAGUGCCAUUAUUGGUCAUAGUAAAGGGGGUGAUGUGGUUCUAUUGUAUGCUUCUAAGUACCAUGAUGUUCAUACAGUUGUGAAUAUCUCUGGUCGUUUUGAGCUGAUGAGAGGGGUUGAGUUUCAUUUGGGUAAAGACUACAUGGAAAUGAUAGAGAAAGAGGGGUUCAUUGAUGUUAAGAACAAAAAAACAGGGAGUGUUGUUUAUCGAGUGACUAGAGAAAGUUUGGUGGAGUGUCAAGGUACAAAUAUGGGCGAAGUGGGUUCUGGGAUUGAGAAGGAAUGUAAGGUCUUGACGGUGCAUGGAUCCGCUGACAAUAUCGUCCCUGUUGAAGAUGCACUGGAGUUUGCAAAGGUUAUAGCUAAUCACGAGUUGCAUAUAAUGGAAGGUGCAGAACAUGGGUACACAGCACAGCAGACCGAGUUAGCCACAGUUGUGUUGGAUUUUGUAGGGAGGGCAACGCAGCAAGAUUGUGAUACAAACAACUAAACAUGAUCAGAAGGAUUUUUUAGAAGAUUUUAAUUUUCGUUGUUGUCAUUGUCUCGGUUAUUAUUACACUUUUGUCUUGAAUAUUAUUCCGAUACCAAAUUACUGUUUACUUUA